GGCGGGUAAGCAUCCGUGAUUGGUCGACCAGAGCUCAGUACGAGUUCAGUGCAAGAGCAGAACCGGUGGGCUGAGGGGUAAUUGGUGUAAAAUGGCGCUGUCUCAUGGAACAAAGAAAAAAGUUUGCUAUUACUAUGACGGUGAUGUGGGGAACUACUAUUAUGGCCAGGGCCAUCCUAUGAAACCCCACAGGAUCCGCAUGACACACAACCUCCUCCUGAACUAUGGACUGUACAGGAAAAUGGAGAUCUAUAGACCACACAAAGCCAGCGGCGAAGAGAUGACGAAAUACCACAGUGACGACUAUAUUAAGUUCCUGAGGUCCAUCCGACCGGACAACAUGUCUGAGUACAGCAAACAGAUGCAGAGAUUCAACGUCGGAGAGGACUGUCCAGUGUUUGAUGGUCUGUUUGAGUUUUGCCAGCUCUCAACGGGAGGCUCUGUAGCCGGGGCAGUGAAGCUGAACAAGCAGCAGACAGACAUCGCCAUCAACUGGGCCGGCGGACUCCACCACGCCAAGAAGUCUGAGGCCUCUGGUUUCUGCUAUGUCAACGACAUCGUCCUCGCCAUCCUCGAGCUGCUCAAGUACCACCAACGAGUGCUAUACAUAGACAUUGACAUUCACCACGGUGAUGGCGUGGAGGAGGCCUUCUACACCACAGACAGGGUCAUGACUGUCUCUUUCCACAAGUACGGGGAGUACUUCCCUGGCACCGGAGACCUUAGGGACAUUGGAGCUGGAAAGGGCAAGUACUACGCAGUCAACUACCCGCUUAGAGACGGCAUUGAUGAUGAGUCGUACGAAGCCAUCUUCAAACCUAUCAUGGCUAAAGUCAUGGAGAUGUACCAGCCAAGUGCUGUGGUGCUUCAGUGUGGAGCUGAUUCCCUUUCAGGAGACAGACUGGGCUGCUUCAACCUGACCAUCAAAGGCCAUGCCAAGUGUGUGGAGUACAUCAAAAGUUUCAACCUUCCCCUGCUGAUGCUGGGCGGCGGCGGCUACACCAUUCGUAACGUGGCCCGUUGCUGGACCUACGAAACCGCCGUCGCCUUGGACUGCUCCAUCCCCAACGAGCUGCCCUACAACGAUUACUUCGAGUACUUUGGGCCCGACUUCAAGCUGCACAUCAGCCCGUCCAACAUGACCAACCAGAACACCAACGAGUACCUAGAGAAGAUCAAGCAACGUCUGUUUGAAAACUUGCGUAUGCUGCCUCACGCCCCCGGUGUCCAGAUGCAGGCCAUCCCCGAGGACGCUCCCCACCCGGACAGCGGAGACGAGGAUGAGGAGGACCCCGACAAACGUGUUUCUAUUCGGGCCCACGACAAGAGGAUAGCCUGCGAGGAAGAGUUUUCCGACUCGGAGGAUGAGGCAGAGGGGCAGGGAGGAGGCCGCAGGAACGCAGCCAACCACAAGAAGGCGAAACGAGUGAAGAAGGAGGAAGAGAAGGAAGGAGAGGAAAAGAAAGAAGUGAAAGAGGAAGAGAAGGAGGAAGAGAAGAUGGACACAUCAGGACCAAAAGAAGAAGUGAAGACAACUUGAAGUCUGGCAGAUGAAGAAACCGAUGGUUGUACUGUUGUCCUCAAGCCCCACUGAUUCCUAUAUUCUCCUACUGCAUUGAUAGGACUUUUUUUGUAUUCCUGUUUUAUUAAUGUUCUUAUUGGCAAACCUGGUUCACAUUGAAUUAUUUGCAUUUGUUUCCAAGCACUAGAGAGAACCAGGUGGUUGGGUCAGUAGACAGUUAACACAGCCGCAGCAAAGUUAUUUGGUCAUCGAUUCAGCGUGACUUUGCGUGCGCUCAGUGUAAACCCCACCCACCUGGAGCUCCAUGUAGUAUAAAACUAAUGCCAUAAAUCCUCCUCAGCUCUUGUGUGAACCAGGUCUGCUUUCAUGUGAAGAAGAACACCAGGAGCAUUACUGUUCCUAGCACGGUGUUUCAUUUUUUUAACAUGUGUGUGUGUGUGGGGAUCACACUAAAACACCCGCAGAGAGGUAGAUGACUUCUAAGUCUAGUGUUCACAUGCAAAAAGUCUUUUGUUAGUUUUUUUGAACAUCUAUUUAUGAUACUGUUAGAAUAACCAGCGUCUGGCAAACCGGUGUUUUGCGUGCUGUGUUAAUUUCUCAGUGAAUGCAUGUUUAGAAUGACCUCGCCUUCAGCAUGUACAUAAUACUCCCUUUGCCCAGGCAGUCACCAUUUUUCUCUCUGCUCAGUAAGUUAUUUUAAAUCAUGAAUACACAGUCUAUCCUUUUAGCCCGUCUUCCUAUAAAUAUCUGCUCAGUGUUUUUCCUUUUUUUUUCUUUUUUUUUUCUUCAUGCAGUGUUUGUAUGUGAAGUGUGAAUGGAUGUGAACCUCUUCAGAGGGUCAUGUUGGGAAGCGAGUGACUUGUUUUAGAUAUUUUGUACCAUUAUACAUGAAACUGGAGUGAGCUGGUGAAUGGCUCUCUACAUGUUGUUGUUUGGAGUUCUAUCCUUGUGAAAUGUGCAUUAUCAUAACUUUGUUAUAAAAAAUAAAGAAAACUGAUCUACA